GUCUAAAGAAUGGCUAUUGCUAGGGCCUCCCACCGAUUCGGCAAUCGAGGCAAGGUAUCGUCUCCAUUCUGGGUCGACAGUCGUAAACUCAGCCCAGCAGCGCGCCAAAGUAGAACCAACUGUGCCAGCUCGGCAACUGAAUUCCACUGGAAACAAUCUCACCGCCUUCCGUCUUCCGCUAUAAAUCGAAGGCGAGACGCCGGUUGACAGUCUGAAGUGAUAACACAGUUUGGCGAAUCGGUUUUCCGUUUUCGCGCGCAAAGGUACUUAACUUGUUAUAGCCGGCCGAUUGUAAAACAAUAUAAAUGCCAUUAGGGCUGACUCCGAGCCGGUCAUUUGGAGAUUUGUUGACGGCCAGCUGGGUGACGGAUUCUCGACGCCAGUCCCGUGCCCCGAUUUUUCCUGGUUUUAUUGUCGGUGGAACAGUGGAGAGUAAUUAUAACGCGUCAACUCGAACCAUAAAAAUCUGUCAACUGAAUUCAAUCUAUCGACGAUGGCGACAACGCGGUGUAUUUCGUUAGUUGUUCUAGUGCUUUCCGGUCUGGUGAUUGUCAGCGGAAAUGACAACUCCAAAAUCGUUGGAGGACAAACGGCUAUGAACCCGAUACCGUAUCAGAUAUCUCUGCAGAUAAUGGCCAGAUCUUUUUACGGAUUUGGACCGAUGGAGUGGAUGCACAACUGUGGUGGGUCUAUCGUUUCCGAAAGAUACGUAGUGUCGGCAGCUCACUGCCUGGACGGAAUCGAUGCAUCCCGUCUUUCGGUGAUCUCCGGAACGAACGAUCUUCGCAAUAAUGGAAGCAAGGGGACGCGACACAUGGUUUCGUGGUUUAAGAUCCAUCCGGACUACAUCGAGCUGAACCGAAGUGACAUAGGAAUCAUUAAGGUGGCCGAACCGUUUACAUUCGGCACAAAAGAACAACCAAUUACGUAUUCAGAUAAGCAGGUUGGAGGUGGAGUUGAGUGCCUGCUAACUGGUUGGGGCUACACGAUGCCAGUUCGGAUCGGGAAAACUCCUGAAGACUUGCUGGAGGCACAAUUGAGGACGAUCACCAACGACGAGUGUCGAAGUCGAGGAUUCCCUGUGAAUCCCACGGAGAUCUGUACGUUUACUAGAUUGGGCCAAGGUGCUUGUGGGGGCGACUCUGGUGGGCCGCUGGUUUGCAAUGACGAGCUUGUUGGUGUAGUGUCUUACGGAACUCGUUUCUGCGGUAUUGGAUCACCGGAUGUCUUCACACGGGUUUCUGAAUUUAAAUCAUGGAUUGAUGAGAACCAAAAGUAGUAUGUCAGCGGUAGAAAGACUAGAACUUUGUUCCUAAUCGUUACGCAUGAUUAUGUUCAAUACCUCAUAAUACAAAUUUUUAACUCACUUGAA